UCUCGGAGGCGGGAGGACCGGAAGUGGGCUUUCGUGGCUCUUCAGACGCUGAACAGAGGUGAGCUGUGAGGCCCAGUGAGGGUGGCUAGUCUCGUUGCUAUGGAAACAGCCAGUCUCGGCGCCCACCUACCCCCCAAGACCCGACGCUGCGCUGCGCAAGUUGCCUCCCUGGUCCUGGUCCCCGAGCGAACACCCGCUCUCCUGACAGAGACGCUCAGAGUGCGGGUCUAGGACCCCCUGCACCUUGGGCAGACGCGCCGUUAUAAUGCUCUUACACUGCGUGGGACUGGUUCGUUUGCGCCUGUGUGUUUCUAAUAGAUUUCAGCUCCCUGAGGGCGAGGACCGUACCAUUUUUGCCUUUGCAUUCCUAACGCCUCUCACACCUAACCUAAGACAGGAAUCAGGGAUGAGGAGACCGAAUACUCCCCAAUAAGGAGAUUGAAAGGGAGAGUUUACAUGGAAGCAAAGAUAUGUUCUUCCAUUUGGACAGACUACAGAGGCUGGGAAGCAUAACAUAAUACCAAGAGCUACUAUUUACUUAAAGUUCAGUAGGUGUUGAGCACUGUGUGUGAAUUAUUUCAUCUACUGCAAUUUGUGAGGUAAGUCCUCUUACCCUCAUUUUACAGGUUAGAAAACAGCCACAAAAUUUAAGCAGUUGGUAAGGGGAUGCAUGCGUAUUUAAAUCUCCGUCUGUCUGAAUCCAAAGUCUGUUUGUAACGAGAAUCCCAUUUCUUUAAGUUCUUAAUAUCUUUGGACGCACACAUUUUUAAGCCAUUUGUUACAAUUGACAAAUUGCCCUCCAAAAAGAUACAUCAAUACCAAAAUCAGACAAAGCUAGUACAAGAAAAAACUGCAGAUCAGUAUUCCUCAUGAACACAGACGCAAAAUCUGUAACAAAUUAGCAAAUCAAAUCCAGCAAUAUAUAAAAAAGAUUAAGACACCAUUACCAAAUAGAAUUCAAACCCAGAAUGCAAAGCUCUUUUAAUAUUGGAAAAUUAAUUUAACAAGCCAUAUUAACAAUGUAAAAAGUGAAACCACAUGGUCAUAUCAAUUGAUGCAAGAAGCAUUUGACAAAAUUCAACAGCCAUUGGAUUAAAAAAAAAACCUCAGAGAACUAGGAAUAGAAGGGAACUUUUUUAACUUAAAGAGCAUCUACAAGAGCAUGCAGUUACAUAAUACUUUAUGGUGAAAGACUGCCUUCUUUCUAAGAUCAGGAACAAGACAAGGAUGUCCACUCUCACCAGUCCUAUUUAACAUUAUACUCAAAGUCCUAGCCAGUGCAGUAAGAAAAGGAAACUUUAAAAACGUAACAGACUAGGAAGAGAGAAAACUCCCUAUUCACAGAAGACAUUGUCCAUACAGAAAAUCUGAAGAAUUGACAACAAUGACAAAAAGCCUCCUAGAACUAAUAAGUGAACAUAACAAGGAUACAAGGUCAACAUACACAAAUCAAUCAUAUUUCUAUAUACUAGUAAUGAAUAAUUGGAAACCAAAAUUGAAAACACCAUACCUCCCAAAAGCUAUAAUGUAUUUGUCAAUUUUAUUUGUGUUAAGUUUAAAUUGUCCUAAAAAUUGUACCAAUUUACAUGCCUGCUAACACCAUGUUCUGGCCAAUUUUGGAUAUUGUUCUUUAUUUUUCCAGGCAUCAAGCCAUUACAAAAUAAGGCGCUGUCCAGCAAGCACCCGUCUACCUCUUGUCUCUGUGACUUUGACUCUUUUCUAGGUACCUCAGGGAGUGAACAUAGUAGCUGCAGUCACGAAGCGCAUACGGUGUACCGGGCACUGUGCUACAUGACCGACUUCCACUUUCUCAUUGAAACCACACAAUCAGCCUCUGAGUCGGGGUUGGAAAGCUGAAAAGACUUGCCUAAGGUCACGUAGCUGGGUCAGCUCCAGGCCUGGGAUGACGGCUUCUCCCUCUCACACAUCAACCUGUCAGAGUCUGUCAAGCACCCACUCUGCUCCAGCAAGGGGAAGACUCAGAAAAGGUUCAGGACAUGGACCCUACCUUCAAGCGGAAGAUCGUGAAGAUAAAUGGUUCAAUGUGGAGUUUCGAGCGUUGACCCUGCUAGUGGAUCUACUCAGAAGGCCUUGAUGACAGCUGGGGCCUGGUCGCCUGGAGGGUGAUGCGGUGGGCCUUGUCUGCUGGGAAUGGCUCAUCAGAGAUGGAAGUGGUGCCCUUCCAGGAAGUGUGGGGCCACAGCUACUGCCGGGCCCUGGAGAAGCUGGUGGACAUUGUGGCGGAGUACCCCAGCAAGAUGCGGCACAUGUUCAGCCCGUCAUGCGUCUCCCUGCUGCGCUGCACGGGCUGCUGCGGCGACGAAAACCUGCACUGUGUGCCGGUGGAGACCGCCAACGUCACCAUGCAGCUCCUGAAGAUCCGCUCCCAGGACCCGCCCUCCUACGUGGAGCUGACGUUCUCUCAGCACAUCCGCUGCGAGUGCAGGCGUCUGUGGAAGAAGAUUAAGCCAGAAAGGAGGAGACACAAGGGCAGGAGGAAGAGGAAGAGAGAGAAGCAGAGACCCACAGACUGCCACCUGUGCGGCCAUACUGUUCCCCGGAGGUAACCGGCCCCUCAGAGGAGAGACGCCUCACCCCCGGCUCCUGUAUUUAUUACGGCCACACUCAGUUACCUCCCUGCUGACACCUGCCCUCUAUUUAUUAGCCAAUUGUAUCCCUGCUGAAUGACUUGCUCCCUCCAAAAUGAGGGGCAGGGAGGGACAGGACCCUCAGGAAUUCAGUGCCUUAAACAGAACGUGAGAGAAAGAAGGCAGCCCCAGACCCAUGUGUGCUUCGGCUGGAGAAGAAGCAAGACCUGUGGCUUCGUGAGGGACAGCCAGGCCCCAGUGGGCUCCCCUGGAGUGGGAAAGAGCGGGACGGCCGCCUGGGCCCAGGCCUGGGGCUCCGCGUGGACAAGUGACCCUGGCCUGGGGACGUAGGGGUGGAGGGGCCUGCUGUGGAGCCCUGGCCCAGGCUGCGCGGGAAGGCAGGCAGCGGAUGGACCAGUCCUGCUGCUGCUUUGUCCGGCCAGUUCGUCCACCUGGCAGCCACUCGGCACCCUGCAGACCCGACAGCUCAGCUCUGGAAGCCGGGGGUAGCCUGGGGGGGCCUCUGCCACGGCUUGUCCCGUAGGUCCCUCCUCACAUCUUGUCACUGCUCGUGCUGGGACAUUGUUCUUUAUGGUCAAGACAUCACCCCCUGCCCCUCUCAGGGACACAGGAAAGGAGGGGGCCCCAGGCUGGACAUGGAGCCAGCAGCCCCUGAGUGGCUGUCUGACUGCCAAGCCAGAUUCUCUUGAAUAAAGUAUCCUAGUCUGGAAACAGCUUUUCGGGAGUG